AUGGGUUUUAGUGUUAGUAUCACGGGUGCAUUAGUGAUAGUGUUGGUGUGUAUCAGUGGCAUGUGUAGUGCGCAGCUGAGCUCCAACUUCUAUGACACCUCAUGCCCCAAGGCUCUCUCCACCAUUAGAUCAGCCAUUCGAUCCGCGAUCUCUGACGAGAGACGCAUGGGCGCUUCUCUCAUCUUUCUUCAUUUCCAUGACUGCUUCGUUAAUGGAUGCGAUGGUUCGUUAUUAUUGGACGACACGUCUUCAUUUAGCAGUGAGAAGAACUCACAUGCCAACAACAACUCGACGAGACGAUUCGAAGUGAUUGAUGAGGUGAAAUCAGAGGUGGAGAGCAUAUGCCCAGGUGUUGUAUCGUGCGCUGACAUCCUGGCCGUUGCAGCAAGAGACUCAUCCGAAGCU